CCCGGCUUGCGGAGUUGCGAAAACUGCGCUCGGCCAAAUUUGGUGAAGAAAAAGAGGGGAACGGUAACUCUCAAAAUGAUGCCACAAACUGCGUAUAGUCGCGCAUCGACCGUCUGUAUCCCCAACAUAACGGCACCGCUCAACGCGGGCAAGCUGCUGGGCUUUGAGAAGAGAAUGGUUCCUCGUCGUUCAACCGUCAACGCACCAGAUGCUCGCCACGACAACCCUGUCUCCCCUUUCCAACCCAGGUCCAGCACUACAUUCCGCAGCCACGUUAGGUACCUUCGUCGUUGGGCCAUUGACUCCUAG